GAGGACAAAAACUGCUAAAGGGUGAGUUACAUUACAGAUAUCAGUGGCGUAUACGAUAACAGAAGAAGAUAUGGAGAUAGAGAAGAAGAGUGUGGAAAUGGACAGUGGCGAGGUUACUGAGAAGAAGAACAAGAAGAAAUCACAGCAACGUCGUGGUGGUAUCAGAACAUUACCUUUCAUCCUUGCAAAUGAAUUCUGUGAUAGAUUUGCAGUAGCUGGUUUCAAUGGAAACUUGAUAAGUUACCUGACCCAAGUGCUGAACAUGCCACUCGUAUCUGCCUCAAACAUUCUCACUAUAUAUGGUGGAACAGCUAGCUUCACCCCUCUUCUUGGUGCUCUCAUUGCUGAGUCCUUUGCUGGUCGCUUUUGGACCAUCACUGUUGCUUCUCUUAUCUAUCAACUGGGACUGGUCAGUUUAACAGUAUCAGCUAUACUGCCCCAUUUUCGCCCCCCACUAUGCCCAACACAAGUGAAUUGCCAAGAAGCCAAACCUUCUCAACUGAGCAUAUUCUACAUCUCUCUCUUCCUCACAUCUCUUGGAUCAGGUGGCAUUAGGCCUUGUGUUGUGCCCUUUUUAGGGGACCAAUUUGACAUGACCAAAAAUGGUGUGGCAUCUAGGAAAUGGAACCUCUUCAAUUGGUACUUUUUCAGCCUAGGAUUGGCUUCUCUUAGUGCCUUGACCAUUGUUGUUUACAUUCAAGACAACACGGGCUGGGGUUGGGGCUUCGGCAUUCCAACUAUUGUCAUGUUUGUAUCCAUCAUUGCCUUUGUGUUGGGGUCACCACUUUACAAGACUCAGAAACCAGAAGGUAGCCCUUUGGUUCGUUUGGUUCAAGUGAUUGUGGCUGCUAUAAAGAAGAGGAACAAGACUUUGCCAAAUGAUCCCAAGUUUUUGUACCAAAACAGUGACCUCGAUGCUGCUAUCUGUCUGGAAGGAAGACUUUUACACACAACUCAAUUUAAAUGGUUAGACAAGGCUGCAAUUGUCACAGGGGAAGAAGGCAGAGACUCAAAUGCACCACCGAACUGGUGGAAAUUGGCCACUGUUCAUAGAGUUGAGGAGCUAAAAUCCAUCAUUAGAAUCAUUCCAAUUUCUUCCUCAGGAAUUUUGCUCAUAGCUGCUUCAUCACAUCUUCCCAGCUUUGUAAUUCAACAAGCUCGCACAAUGGACCGACACCUCUCUCACUCAUUCCAAAUUUCCCCAGCCAACAUGUCCAUUUUCAGUGUACUAACCUUGAUGUCAGGAGUUGUUCUAUACGAACGCCUCUUUGUUCCGUUUAUCCGUAGGUUCACAAAGAACCCUUCAGGAAUCACAACCCUACAAAGAAUGGGAAUAGGCUUUGUGAUUAACACUAUAGCCACAUUAAUUUCAGCACCAGUUGAAGUAAAAAGAAAAGCUGUUGCCGCCAAGUACCACUUAUUGGAUAGUCCAAAUUCCACUAUUCCUAUCAGUGUGUUCUGGUUGGUGCCUCAGUAUUGUUUGCAUGGCUUAGCAGAUGUUUUCAUGUCUGUGGGGCUUUUUGAGUUUCUCUAUGAUCAGUCACCUGAAAGCAUGAGAAGCAGUGCCACUGCUUUGUACUGUAUAGUAAUUGCCCUUGGGAGCUAUGCUGGUACACUAGUUGUAUCACUUGUGCAUAAGUAUAGUGGCAAGGAGGAGAAUUGGUUGCCUGAUAGGAACCUCAACAGGGGUAGAUUGGACUACUAUUACUUGCUUGUUACUGGGAUUCAAGUCUUGAAUAUCAUUUAUUUUGGAAUUUGUGUUUGGUUUUACACUUACAAGCCCUUGGAAGAAUUUACUCAAGUGAGCAUUCACAAGGAUUUGGAAUUGGAACAGGACAAUAAUACAAACAUCUCAUCUGCCAAUUCCAAAGAUGGUGGAGAUGCUGAAUAAAGAAAGUAAAGAAUAUGGUGUAUUCCGUUCCACUCGUCAUUAGUUUGAAUGUAUAAUCUCAAGGCUUUAUCGAAGAUCAUGUAUGAGUAUGUCAUUUCAAUUUAUGGUUCUAGCAAUGAAACUUGAAACUAUUUAAGAAUGACAAUAAUAUUACAAAAUUGUU